UCACUUGUGACAUCAUCAUUGUGCUGUGUGAAGUUCAGUCAAGUUGGAAGAGGCCUGCAGCUGGGGAAGCUUCGGUAAUAGAUAAACCAGAUUGAUAUCAAAAGUUAGAAAAGCCCCGCACCUCUGAUUGUUCUGAGAUUGAUCUCCAAAGUGCAUGAAGAACUUCCUGUGUGGAGAAACAAGGUUUUUGCCGGCUGAAGUGAGCUGAAAAUUGACUGUGAGCAACUUCCUUAUUUGAGCUUGAAGCUACAUUUGAUGUUAUGGCGCCUAGACGUCCAAGCAGACACAAGAAUGCCAAUGAAAAUCUUCCCAUUUCUCUUCCACAUUUUGCAUCUUGAAAUGAGGAAGAAAAUGCUGGAAAAUCAAAUGUGAUCAUAUCUGCUCCUGUCACAAAUUGGACGUUGACUUACGAAUAACUCUGAUAAUGAGUCACAGGGGAGGAGAAGAGAAUCAGGGGACAGGACUGAGUGACGUCCUUGACUCACUGGUUAAAGGAACUCCGGAGCGGCUGUUAAGCCUGACACUCCAGCUGGGUGAGUCUCCUGAAGAUAGAAUCUUACACGCCCUGUGUCUGAUCGUUCUCCAGAGAGAGGCGCAGGCCCUGGAAAAACUCCAGACUCUAAAGGAAAACCACCUUGCUCACCAUCUGGCUGAAAAUUGGCAGCUGAGUGGAGGUAAAUUAGAAGAAUUCCGCGUCCGCUGUGGUCACUUUCACGAGUCUAAGGGACAAUUUCUGGCAGCAUUCGCUCGUAUUUUUAAGGUGUUGUCAGAACAAAAGCUGUGUGAUCAACAACUGAGAAAUCUGGCAUAUAAGAGAGCUGUCUCCAGGGAUGACCAACAAACCAGCAGUGGUGGAGAUCUGGAGUAUUUUAAGCUCAGAGAAGAGGCUAAAGAGGUCUGUGGUCCAGAGUUUGCAGAGUGGAUGUAUUCCUGCACAGAUCUGAAGUCUGGGUCUUACAGUGAUCCUCUUAAAAGUCAAAAUGAAGGAAUCACAGCUUUAAAUGUGAGUCAGUCUCAGGAUCAGUCAGAGAGGAGGCAAAAUAUGCCCUGCACACUGCAGGCCAGCUGCUCCGUACCCUCUUACCCGUCUGAACUAGAGAUCAGUAUGCCCGCAACAGCCCCAUUUGGAGAUGACAAAGGUACUGCAAAAACAUCAGAGGAAUCAAAAAUAAGCACCCCAGUCUUGCUUGUCGGUGAAUCUGAAGCAGAAAGUUCACCUCAGACAUCCGAGGAGCUUGAAUCCGUUAGACCUCCUCUGUUAACAGGGAAGGAAAAGUCAGGGAUGUUUGAAUCACCUGAAGCGAGCAGCAAGUUGAACAGUCUUAUCCAUCCAACUCCAAACCAAACUAACAAACCAACCAGAGAACCACAACCUGCUGCAACAAACAUUUUCUUGCCCAACCUACCAAUUGCGAAUGAAAUGAAAAGAAGUACUAGUGUAGAUGAGGAGGAAGAGGAAAUUUUUUAUGCAUUUGUUAUCUUACACGCACCAGAAGAUGUAGACAUGGCAGAGAUCCUGAAAGAAAGACUGGAAAAUGUCACGGGUCAAACAGGCGCAAUUUUCUCUGAGGACUUUGCUUUAGUUGGAAGAAGCACUCUGCGCUGUGUAGAGGAUGCUAUCAACAACUCAGCCUUUACCCUCCUGCUGCUCACCCGCAACUUUGACACCCCCAUGCAAGAGCUUGAGGCAGACUCAGCCCUGAUUAACUCCAUCAACAGGAAACACAAGUACAACACAGUUAUCCCUCUGCUGCCGCAGGAGAACUGCAUGCCCAGAGAGGACAUACCCCUAGUUAUUCGGACAAAAAAUCCCCUCUUGGAGAAUAAGAACUUUGACAGAAGAGUACAAAAGGCGAUAACUCCAGCAGUGGUUAAAAAACAGAGAAAGCUCUGGACAGAAGAGCAGAUGCUGAAGAUGCAGAAAAAGAAACAGGAGGAGCUAAAGCAGUCAAAUGAGCACCAAAAAAAACUUCUCAAAGAAAGUAAAGCAACAGAGAUGUUGGAAAGGGAGAAACAUUUACUGGGACAAAGACUUCCUCUCGGCCCUGGGUUGCCACAAGAUCAGGAUGGUGGGGAUGGCAGGGCUGUGUGGCCUCAACAGCCAAAUAUACAUAUUGAAAGGGCAAACUACAUCAUGAUUGGUAAUGACUCUCGAAUGACUGUAGGUUUGCCUGGAGGUGCAGACAAUGAUGAUUCCAUUUACAGAGAGGGGGAGAGCGAGGAAGAAUAAAGAUAGGUAAUUUACUUUCACAAAAUUACAGAGAUUAUCAUAUUUCAUUAACACUAACAUAAAUAUGCUGUAAAAAUCACUGUGAGGAUGUCCCAGCAGAUGUUUUGUUGUGGGUAGACCAUGCAAAAAUUCAAUAAAACUGUCAAAUCAGGGCAUUUAAGUGACAUUUUAAGGAUUUAAAGCCAUAGAAUAGUCUCCUGAGUAGCUCAGAGGACUGUUAGGAUAUUUAGCAUGGGACUGCCACCUACUGACCAACAUAAGAAAUACACUUCCUUUUCAACAUAGCUGUAAGAGCCCACUUUAGGCUCAAGGGGGCACCACUGUAACAAGUUGGUUGUUUCUCAUUCCCUUUACAGGAGUUUCAGAGCUAAGUGUAAAAAAAAAAAGCCACUGUUUUUAAGAGGACAGUAAUAAGUGAAACAAAAUACCUCAGCUUUAAAAAAAAAUGUAUGUUGUUUUGUUUUCUUGUUAAAGGUCUUUGAAAAACGUUGGCCCGAUAUUGUUUGCACUAUUUGCUUGUGUUUAAAGUUGUGUGAUAAACUGUGUCAUCUUGUUUGGGAAGGUGCUUUUUCAAAACUAUAUAAUUCCUAUUCUUAAUAUAAUCCCAUCCACGUGGGCAAAGAUUCUAAAACUGAUGCCUCAGACGAGGCCCCACAGUGUAACCCAUUUUGCUGUAUCUAUCCCUCUAGCUAAUUCUGCCAUCAUUGUAUGCUGUAGAUAUGAUGGAAAGAAGUUUUUAACUGAGAAACCUUUCAUACAAUUUAAGGGAAACAUGUACUACGCUGACUUAUUAAAAUCAUUUUCUGGUGAACUUAUUUUUGUUAAUUAGGUCUUGAAAUUAGUUUUUAUGUGUUACAUGUUUCAGGUGAAUCCAGGCUUGAGGAUCUAGAUGUAAGCAAAGUGUCAUAUUAUCAGAGCAGGAUUAACAUAAUAUAGGUUUUUGUCUGUCUGAAUGGGAAAUACUUCAAAAUGCCUCUAUUUGACACUAUAUUCACUACUUAGAGCCAUUACAGCUGUCCAAGUUUCUACCUUGCUGCCAAUAUGGAGACAAUAAGGAAGAAUAUAGUUUGUUUUGCUACCUUUUGUUUAAAUUAAGGGGACAUGACAUGUUUUAUUUUUUUCCUAAAUGCCAAGAAAUGAGGUGAAGUAGUAUUUUCCCUGCAUGUAGAUAUUUGCUCCAUCCUUCUUUUAUAACUCUGGUAUAACUAGAUGCAGCUUGGGCCCUUAAAGUCCUUUAUCCUUCUGAUUAUCUUCACAUAAGAGUCUGUACAGGCUCUUCAUAAGAAAAUCCUCUGACCUUCUGACCUAAUAGCUUCUUAAAAAAAAGUAAUGACAAAAAUAAAUCAAUAUUUUUCAAGAAAAUCCACAUUAUGGAAACAGAAGGCAUCCAUCUUUUGAUCAAAGUAAAGGCUUGGGUAGAGAAAAGUUAUGCAAGUUUAUUGGGGUAGAAGUCUUAGAAAACAAUUAAUUGAAAAACUGGUUUAUAAGCAAAUCAACUGUUGUCUUAUUUCCCUAUGGGGUUUAUUUUAAGGGAAAGGUAUUUUCUUGUUCAAUAAUAAAUAUUUGUGAUCAAAAUUAA